AUGAUUGUUGGAGAUAUAAACUGUGACUUUGCUAAGGCAGUGCCAGAUUUCCAUACGCGGAGACUCCAACUGUCAUGCUCUCUAUAUCAAUUAAACCAGUUAAUUAUUGAACCAACAAGGGUGGCCGAGGGUUCGGCAACUUUAAUCGACCUGUUUUUAACAAACGAACCAGAAAAUAUAUCAAAUCCUGGUGUGAUCCAUCUUGGAAUAUCGGAUCAUAGUAUGAUUUUCGCAGUUCAAAGUAUAACAGUUCCAAAAUCAGGCAGGCACACUACUAGAGAAAUCCGUGACUAUAAAAAUUUUGUUGAAAGUGAUUUUAUAAAAGAAAUAUUGCAAAUCCCUUGGGAUAUUGUAUGCCAAUUUGACGAUCCUAAUGUAUGUUGGCAAGCUUGGAAAUCCAUUUUCCUCGAGAUACUUCACAGGCAUGCGCCUAUUGAGUACCUGACAGGCAUGACAGGCAUGCGCCUAUAACAUCCAAUGUCAAAAGGUUAAUGAGGAAUAGGGAUUUUCAUAAAAAGCAUGCAAUAAAACAUGCUUCUUCGGCACAGGAACAAUACAUUCCCUCCAUGUUGAUGACUGUCAGAAUUUUGAUAGUUUAUCCAAUGAGGACAAAGAAAAGAUUGAACAAGUUCUAUUCCUGCUUGAUAAAUUUUGUGUAGGAGAUUCUUUUUACCAUGAGCUAACCAUGAUUACUGAUGGUCUUCCCAAGUCAUACUUGGUCAAGCAAAGGAGAAGCCAAUUAAAUGAUAUUAGUAAUGUGAUCCCAACCCCCGGUGAGGCAGAUGGGGCUCAAAUUUCAUUUACAGAGAUGCCGAAAACCCGGAUUCAAGAAUUUGUAAAACUUCAUGAUGAAGUAGACUGGAGCAAAGAAAAAAUUCAGAUUAAGAUUUCAGGGGAUGGAGCAAAAAUGACAAGGAACUCAAGUUUCAUAUUGCUUUCCUUUUCAUUACUUCAAAACAGAAAAUAUGUAAUGUCGGCAAGUGGAAAUCACACAUUUGCCAUCAUAAAAGGAUCUGAAAACUAUGAAACUUUAAGAGAUUCCUUCAGCACCAUUUUUGAAGAAAUAAAUAACUUAAAUGAGGUGAGUGAAAUUACAAUAAACAAUACAAAAUAUGGCCUUGAAUUUUUCCUGUGAGGAGAUUAUAAAUUUCUCCUCAUAAUGUUGGGCAUGAAAGGAGCAACCUCAAACUAUGCAUGCCUUUGGUGCAAGAUACACAAAGAAUACAGAUGGCAAAUGGACAAGGAUUUAGACUAUUAUAACUCUCAUCCACUCCAACGUACACUGGAAGAAGUAAUUAAAAUGGCAAAUAAAAAGGGGACUGCAGACAAAUUCUCUUGUGAAAAUGAGCCCCUCAUUAAGAUUGAUUUAGAUUAUGUUGUUUUGGAUGAGCUCCAUCUAUUACUAAGGGUAAUGGAUGUCCUGUUAAACAAUAUUAUACAAGAAAUGAUUGCCUGGGACAAAAAAACAAAUUUUAAUUAAAAAAAAGUGUGAAAGAGAUAUGAUACAUCUCACAAAAUUGCAAUCAACCAUUAGAUCCUGUGGG